AUGCUAUAGCAUUUUAGUAUGGUGAGAAAGAGCAUAAAAACUCAGAUGUUUUAUACUUACAGAGACUGGUCCGUAUUUGUUGUAUUAUCAUGGGCUCAAAAGUAUGUGCAUGUUCUUUUGCAUUUGUUUUUCUAUAUCUACGGCAUUAAAAAUUGCGCGUUACAAAAAGGAUCUAUUAAGAUAAUUAAAAUUCUCAAUACUUGUAAUCAUACGAGUCUUGGUCUAAAAAUUUUGGAGAGCAAGUGCUAUAACGAUAAUAAAAAAUGGUUUAAUCUAUAUCUGAAGAUAUUUAUUGUGCUGUUUAUCGUAAUAGGCAUAAGAUGUCUUAUGAUAACAGCGGAUGAAUUAUCUGGAAAUGUAUCAAUUUACAACUCGCAUGUUAUUGAGUUGCUGGACAUUAUACAGAAUCUAUGCACCUUUAUCAUAUUUGUGUGGAGAAAAAAAAUCAAGCGCAUGUUAUUCAAACGAUUCGGCUGCGGUUUGUUGUCAAAAGCUCGAUCCGAAUCGUAUGUAACAUCGUCGAGCUUUAUUACCACGACAGAGGAAAUAGUCAUGCAGGAGAAAAUGAGUUCCUCUGGACGAGCAAGGAGUCACACUGAUAGCACCAAACUUUAAUUUUUAUUCCAAAAUUAAAAUCAUGUUUUUUUCAUGUUGAUUUUUAUGUUUAAGAUUAAUAAUUAUAAUUCACACAUAUUUUCAGAUUUCGUAGCAAAAGCAUUUGUCUAUUAUUUUGUCUCGUUUCUUUUUCAAAUUUA